AUGGCAACCCCUUCCACAUCCCGCGCGCUGUUGCGCACAGCAACCCCCCGAACCAUCCUCUCAGUUCCCCGCCGCCAGUUUGGCCGUCUGUCCAAAGCCAACCUCGGUUGCCCCUCCUUAACAACCUCCCCAAGACCGCUCUCAACCCCCUUACCAACAUCCUCAUACCUCCUCCAAACCACCCGCCACUAUGCCUCCUCCAAACACCCCGAGGGCUUCACCCCCCCAACCCCCGCCGACCUCUCCGAACUCCGCACCACAGUGCAAGAAUUCGUCCGCCGCUCCCUCCCCGAAACCCUCGCGUCCGAAACCGACAGGUCCAACCAGUUCCCCCCCGACAUGUGGCUCAAGCUGGGAGAGGCCGGUCUGCUAGGUAUAACCGCCGACCCUGCCGUCGGCGGCCUAGGCCUGGGUUACCAAGCCCACUGCAUCGUCAUGGAGGAGCUCUCCCGCGCUUCGGGGUCCAUCGCCCUCUCCUACGCCGCCCACUCCCAGCUGUGCGUCAACCAGCUUCAGCUUAAUGGCUCAAAGGAACAAAAAGAAAAGUUCUUGCCUGAUUUGAUCGCGGGGACAAAGGUUGGCGCCCUGGCCAUGAGUGAGAGCGGGUCGGGCAGUGAUGUUGUUUCUAUGCGGACGAGAGCCAAGGAGGUGGACGGGGGUUACGUCCUCAACGGAAGCAAAAUGUGGAUCACCAAUGGCCCAGACGCAGACAUAGUUAUUGUCUACGCCAAGACUGUGCCUGAUGGGGGAUCAAAGGGCAUCACGGCAUUCAUCGUCGAAACGGACAAGGCAGAGGGCUUCGAGUGCCUGAGGAAGCUGGACAAGAUGGGCAUGAGGGGUUCCAACACGGGAGAGCUCGUGUUUGAGAAUGUCUUCGUCCCCAAGGAGAACGUCCUGGGCAAAGUCAACGGCGGGGUUAGGGUUCUGAUGGAGGGACUGGACCUCGAGAGAUUGGUUCUUUCUGCUGGACCACUGGGCUUGAUGCAGGCCGCUUUGGACGUUGCGCUGCCCUAUGCCCACGGCCGCAAGCAGUUCGGCACGCCUAUCGCCCAGUUCCAGUUUAUGCAAGGGAAGCUGGCCGACAUGUACACCAAGCUCCAGGCCUCGAGGGCGUACACCUAUGCCACGGCCAAGGCGGUUGACGAGCAGGCCGAUAUCCGCACCCAGGACUGCGCGGGUGCCAUCCUCUAUGCCGCGGAAAGGGCGACCGAGUGCGCGCUGGACGCGAUCCAAAUCCUGGGCGGAAUGGGCUACACGGAGGAGAUGCCCGCUUCGAGAAUCUUGCGGGAUGCGAAGCUGUAUGAGAUUGGAGCGGGAACAUCCGAGGUCAGGCGGAUGGUGAUCGGGCGCGCCUUCAACAAGGAGUAUGCCCAUCUGGCCAACUAG